ACAAAAAGAUUCCAAAUUCACACCUGCGCUACGAAGAGCACGUCGUCCAUGUCUCGUACAAAAUGCAUUAACUGGUAUUGGGUUCCUUGGUUUCGUUGGAGCAGUGUGUAUCCUUUCAGACAAUAAAAGAAUGAACACAAACGAGUAUGAUUGUUAUCAUUUGAAUGCCAGACUAUUUUACGCUUAUUUAAUGUAUGCAGUGAAACAGGAUGAUUUCAGCGAUGUUGGUAUGCCACCAUUGCCACCGCGAUAA